GUCUGCAAAUAAUUUCUAAAAUAGCAUUUCAACAAUCUUGCAGUGAAGUUGCUUCACUCACCGUACCUCUCUCCUUCUCCCCUCUUCUUCCUCUUGGUUCGGUAUGUUUCAAAAGACGCACCAUCACCAUCGGAAACCAGUGGAGAUAACAGCCCCUAGUCCUGGAGUAGGACACUUCCAGUACCCACCGCCAGCGCACCUUCUCCUGCAGCAGCAUGAACCCACCGACCAUAACAACCAGUCCAAACGAGCCAGCGGUAGAAGAUACACUACACCUUCCAACCAGGAGAAUCCUUACAGAGGUCGCUCUCAAUCUCUCUCCAGUAACGUACAGCCAGCCAGUAAAGAGGAUAAAAAGAAAAAGUUUUCAAUUUUCAAGAAGAAAAAGAAGUCUGAUAAUGACCGACAUGCCUCAAGGACACCAGAGGUACCUGGGAGGAGAAGUAAAAAUGAGCAGUUCAGAGGGUAUGGUCCUGAGAGCAUGCCAUUAGCAAGACGUCCUCACUCCUCAUCCUCUAAUCACCGUGGGGGAGGAGGGGGAGGAGGAGGAACUGAAGAGUUCAUUAGAAAAGGCUCUCAACGAAGCAUCAAAUCAAGUGAUGAUUUCCUUGACGACGACGAUGAGAUUGAUUCCAGCAUUAACAACGGGGGAGGAGGAGGGAAGAUAAUACCUCGACCAAUGCUGCAGACAGAUUAUCCGAGAUUCAUGUCCACACUGGCCAACGGGAGAGAGAAAGGGGAUAAUAGCAGACUGGAUAAUGGCAGACCAGGAUAUGAUAGUUUAGAGAAGUAUGCUGAUAUAGGGAGAGUAAGAGGGGAAGGUCCUAGCAGUGAGCCUUUCAAGAACAGGUCAAUGUCACUGAGGCUGCCUGAUCAUAAAGCUGAACAUCGUAUUGUACCAUCACGACCAGCUCCCCCGCCACCUCCUUCUGGCAAUAAAUCAAAUAAAGGAGAGCAGCUACCAACACCAGUAGAGACAGUGGGUCUGACCAGCAGUGGGUUAAAUCCUCUUCCUUUACCUCCGAUACCCGGCCUGAUUGGUAUCAAGAAUCAUGGUAACACUUGUUUCAUGAACGCCAUCUUACAAUGUCUUGGAAACACAGAGAGAUUCUUGCACUAUAUCAUCAGUGAUGAUUGUCAGAGAGACCUGGCCACUUUAAAGAGAAAAAAGAAAAGGAGGGGACCUGCUUCACCUCAUAAUACACUCACUACUGGAGCUAGCUCUCAGCAGGAGGAGUAUCUCUCACCGGACAGUCCUGGAGCUGUCAUUGAUGUCCUCUCUUAUCUCAUAAAAUCUUUAUGGGGAGGGCAAUAUGAAGGAAGGAUUAGUGCUAUCUUUAAAGAGGUUGUUGGUCUUUGGGCAGAGCAGUAUAGAGGGCGGAGUCAGCAUGAUGCCCAGGAGUUUCUCCUCUGGUUGCUGGGAUACCUUCAUGAUAACCUUAAUCUAGCCUCUAGGCAUCAAAUAUCAAAGACUCCUCCUCCGGUACAUAUAGACACUGACAGAGACUCCUCUCAGACUGAUAGUUUUGUCUACUCUCUCUUUGGUGGGAACUAUCAGUCCAGUCUUCAUUGCCCAGAGUGUGGAAACCAGUCCAACACGUUUGACCCUUACCUCUCGAUUUCUCUCUCAGUACCAAGGCGUGGGACUCGUCCAAUCUACAUAACAAUGACACGAAGACAUCAAAAUACGACCAAACUAAUGCUCUUUGGCUUGAGCGUCAAAGUCACAUGCCUGGUCCAAGAAGUGCAGAAACAGCUGGCCUUGGAGGCAAGAUCUCUCCCUCACUAUCUCGUGAUAGGGACUAUGAGAGAGGACGGGUUUAAUCAGUUUUAUCACUCGACCGACCCUGUUGCCAUUAUUCCCGAUGAUGUUAUGCUCUAUGCUUAUGAGGUCACCCCGUAUAAAGGAGACUUCAUGUUCCCACCUGUUCCUGUCCCGCCAGUAAUGGAACAGCAAAAGAGCUCUGAAACCAUUUACAUAAUACUCCAGAAUAGAGUGGGGCAGGGAGAGUACAGCAAAAAGUUUGGUACUCCUUUGUGUCUGAGGGUUUGGAGGGACUUCACUUACUCACAGCUCCAGUCAGUUGUCUUCAAAGGAAUAAAGAAAUAUCUUCAUGAAGGAGUUAAUCCUGAGAUUAUUUGUAGGGAUUACAUAUUCUUCAAGUGCCGCGUGCUAGAUGGGUUACAAGGCCAAGAGUAUUUGGAUCCUUACUGCACUACACCACUGCAAUCACCUACCGUUGAAAAGGCACUCUCAUUAAGUAAAGUAUGGGGCUAUGAGUUGCACAUUAAGAUAAUAGCUGAAUGGGAGCAAUGGAUCAAGGAUUGUGUAUGCACUGAUAUUCCAGAAACACAGCCAUUGCUCCAUGACAGUGUACAUCUAGUCAAAGAGCAUUAUGAUGUUCCUUUGGAAGCAACUCUUGAUGAAUGUCUUCAGUGGCACACUCAAGAAGAGAAACUUGGUGAUGAGGACUCUUGGUCUUGUCCUCAAUGCAAGCGUCCUCAAAUUGGAGCAAAGAAAAGAAUCACAUUUUCAACACUACCUGACAUAUUGAUAGUCCAUUUGAAGAGAUUUGAACAAGACGAAUACACCCAGGCUAAGUUGGAUACAUGGAUAAAGUUUCCAACCUCUGGGUUAGACAUGUCGCCCUACGUCUCUCAGACUCCCAUUCUCCGUCCUUCCUCAGCUCUGGCCUAUCAGAAUCACUCCACUAAAGUUGCUGUUGCUCUCAACGGUGGAAGAAACAUCUCAACUUUACCGGCAAACGGGAAGAGCACUCAUUUUGAGGACAAAAGUCGUAAGUUUUUCAUUUUCAAAAAGAACAAGAAACCAAAGAAAUCCUUGACCCCAGUCAUAUCCUCUCCUGUACAUGCAACACACGACACCAAAGUAGUCACUAACAAUCUGAACUCGGCCUCGAUACAUCCUCCUAGUUACAUGUAUGACCUCUACAGUGUGUGCUAUCACUAUGGUGACAUGAAUCGUGGCCACUAUACAGCCCAUUGUCUCAACCCAGUUAACAAUCAGUGGUAUAUCUUUGAUGAUCACCGAGUCCUUCCAGUCCAGAGCGAAGACCAGCUGGUAUCACAGAAUGCCUACAUUUUGUUUUACGUUCGGCGGAACACGAGAAAGGCCUGGCUUAAAUCGAUACCACAAGAAAAGAAAAACGGUCACUGGAUAAACCAGCUAUCGUCUCAGAAUCAGCUCCAUCUUUCCUCCCUCCCUCCCCUUGAUCAUAGCCUAUUCAGCCCCCAGAGACAAGGCUCUGUUACUUCUGCCCAUACUCUAUCAACCGCCAGUGGAGUAUCACCAGAUAACAUAUUCUUUCCGUCUCAUAUGCAUAAUUUAUCGGCGGAAUUAGCUCCUCCUGCUAUAAACUUUCAUGCCCGACAAUACUCUGCUGGCUCCUCCUCUAACGGAGGACAGCCUCCUAGCCUCCUCUCUCCGUACAGUACAAUAGCCCCUCCCCAUAGCAACCAAGCUCCUCCCCAUAGUUACCUGGCCCCGCCCUAUCCUCAUAGUUUACCCUCCCCCAGCAUUGCCUCCUCUACUCCGUCCUAUCUCUCUCAAACCACACCCACUUCCUCCUCGUCUUAUUUCAGUAAGAGGGUCGGGAGUUUCCAUGGCAACUCUCAUCAUCGUGCCGCCCACGAAUCCCAUUCUGCUACAAGAGUUUAAUUAAUUUUUUAUAUAAAUAUUUAAAAUUAUAUAUCAAUCUGUCUGAUUAUAAAUUUCAUUUUUGUUACUGUUUAUUGUAUAAUAAUUUUUUAUGAUUAUUUUUUAAAGAAAACAAACCGUAUACUUUUGAAAGAUGA